UGAAGGAUGGGGCCGAGCGUCUCAAGGCGAUGGAAGAAGAGGCUGGAAAGCCUCAUGGUGGGCAUUUCUAUGCGAAGAAUCACAUGGUAAUAACACCAAAUUUGUUCCAAACUACCACAUACUAAUAUUACAACAAAUAGGACUGGGAAGAGAAGAUGCGGAAGGAGGCUUAGACCAAAGCACAAAUGGCUGUAGAUCAGCCAAGUUGGCCAGUUCCUGCUG